GCAGCUCCAUUUUUCUUCUUGAUUUUUACCAAGCCGAUUUUCGGAGGGAUUAAUCUGGACUCGUUUUAAAUGGUCAAUGAAAACAAGAGGAUGUACAUUCCAGAAGAAAACCAUCAAGGUUCCAACUAUGGGAGUCCCCGUCCAGCUCAUGCCAACAUGAAUGCCAAUGCAGCUGCAGGGCUUGCCCCAGAGCAUAUCCCUACUCCAGGGGCAGCUCUAUCCUGGCAAGCUGCGAUCGAUGCUGCCAGGCAAGCCAAACUGAUGGGUAGUGCUGGCAACGCAACAAUAUCCACAGCUAGCUCCACGCAGAGAAAACGGCAGCAGUAUGGGAAACAGAAAAAACAGGGUACCACCACAGCUACACGUCCUCCCCGGGCGCUGCUAUGUUUAACACUGAAAAAUCCCAUCCGGAGGGCAUGCAUCAGCAUCGUCGAAUGGAAAUCAUUUGAAAUAAUUAUUUUACUGACUAUUUUUGCCAAUUGUGUGGCCUUAGCUAUCUAUAUCCCCUUUCCAGAAGAUGAUUCCAAUGCCACCAAUUCCAAUCUGGAACGAGUGGAGUAUCUCUUUCUCAUAAUUUUUACAGUGGAAGCAUUUUUAAAAGUAAUAGCAUAUGGACUUCUCUUUCACCCCAACGCUUACCUCCGCAAUGGCUGGAAUUUACUAGAUUUUAUAAUUGUGGUAGUAGGGCUUUUUAGUGCAAUUUUAGAACAAGCAACCAAAGCAGAUGGAGGGAAUUCAAUAGGAGGAAAAGGUGCCGGAUUCGAUGUUAAAGCACUGCGGGCUUUCCGAGUAUUACGUCCAUUACGACUGGUGUCUGGAGUUCCUAGUCUCCAGGUGGUUUUAAAUUCAAUUAUCAAGGCCAUGGUCCCUUUGUUGCAUAUUGCUCUGCUGGUGCUGUUUGUCAUUAUUAUCUAUGCUAUCAUUGGACUGGAGCUAUUCAUGGGGAAGAUGCAUAAGACCUGCUACCAUGUGCAAGGAGGACUGAUAGAUACGCCUGCAGAAGAUGACCCAUCUCCCUGUGCCCCGCAGUCUGCACACGGGCGGCAGUGUCAGAAUGGCACCGAGUGCAAGGCAGGCUGGGAGGGACCUAAACACGGCAUCACAAACUUUGACAAUUUUGCUUUUGCCAUGCUGACAGUGUUUCAGUGCAUUACGAUGGAGGGCUGGACAGAUGUGCUGUACUGGGUCAAUGAUGCCAUAGGAAGGGACUGGCCCUGGAUCUAUUUUGUUACACUAAUCAUCAUAGGGUCAUUUUUUGUACUUAACUUGGUUCUCGGUGUACUUAGCGGGGAGUUUUCUAAAGAAAGAGAGAAAGCUAAGGCUCGGGGAGAUUUCCAGAAGUUACGGGAAAAACAACAGCUAGAGGAGGAUUUGAAGGGAUACUUAGACUGGAUAACUCAAGCAGAAGAUAUUGACCCAGAAAAUGAAGAUGAAGGCAUGGAUGAGGAGAAGCCUCGAAACAUGAGCAUGCCCACCAGUGAGACCGAGUCCGUGAACACAGACAACGUCCCUGGAGCAGAUAUGGAAGGCGAAAACUGCGGUGCUAGGCUAGCGCAUCGGAUCUCAAAAUCAAAGUUUAGUCGCUACUGGCGCCGAUGGAAUCGAUUCUGCAGAAGAAAGUGCCGCGCUGCUGUCAAGUCCAAUGUUUUCUACUGGUUGGUAAUCUUCCUUGUGUUUCUCAACACCCUUACCAUUGCCUCUGAACACUACAACCAGCCAGACUGGCUCACGGAGGUCCAAGACACUGCCAAUAAGGUGCUGCUAGCUCUUUUCACGGCAGAGAUGCUGCUGAAGAUGUACAGCCUUGGUUUACAGGCCUAUUUUGUGUCCCUCUUCAACCGCUUUGACUGUUUCAUUGUGUGUGGAGGAAUCCUGGAAACGAUUCUGGUAGAAACAAAGAUCAUGUCACCGCUGGGCAUUUCAGUGUUGAGAUGUGUUCGACUCCUGAGAAUAUUUAAAAUCACAAGAUACUGGAACUCCCUGAGUAACCUUGUGGCUUCACUCCUGAAUUCAGUCCGCUCAAUUGCCUCCCUAUUGCUGCUUCUCUUCCUCUUCAUUAUCAUCUUCUCACUCUUGGGGAUGCAGCUCUUUGGGGGCAAGUUCAACUUUGAUGAGAUGCAAACUAGGAGGAGUACAUUCGACAACUUCCCUCAGUCCCUCCUCACCGUGUUUCAGAUCCUGACUGGGGAGGACUGGAAUUCGGUGAUGUAUGAUGGGAUCAUGGCUUAUGGCGGCCCCUCUUUUCCAGGAAUGUUGGUCUGUAUUUACUUCAUCAUCCUCUUCAUCUGUGGAAACUAUAUCCUACUGAAUGUAUUUUUGGCCAUUGCUGUGGACAACCUCGCUGAUGCUGAGAGUUUAACAUCUGCACAGAAAGAGGAGGAAGAGGAAAAAGAAAGGAAAAAGCUAGCUAGGACUGCUAGUCCUGAAAAGAAACAGGAGAUAGAAAAAACAGCUGUGGAGGAGGAGACGAAGGAAGAGAAAAUUGAGCUGAAAUCCAUCACCGCUGAUGGAGAAUCGCCACCAGCUACCAAGAUCAAUGUGGAUGAUUAUCAGCCCAAUGAAAAUGAAGAAAAGAGCCCGUAUCCCACAACAGAAGCGCCAGCGGAGGAAGAUGAAGAAGAACCAGAGAUGCCUGUCGGCCCUCGUCCUCGCCCAAUGUCUGAGCUGCACCUCAAGGAAAAGGCUGUGCCCAUGCCUGAUGCCAGUGCUUUUUUCAUCUUCAGUCCUAACAACAGGUUUCGUGUCCACUGCCAUCGAAUCGUUAACGAUAACAUUUUCACCAACCUGAUCCUAUUUUUCAUCUUGCUCAGCAGCAUCUCCCUGGCAGCUGAGGACCCUGUCCGACACCUCUCCUUUAGGAACCAAAUUCUCUUUUAUUUUGAUAUAGUUUUUACUGUCAUUUUCACCAUUGAAAUUGCUCUGAAGAUCCUAGGCAAUGCAGACUAUGUCUUCACUAGUAUCUUUACAUUAGAAAUUAUUCUUAAGAUGACUGCAUACGGGGCUUUCCUCCAUAAGGGCUCCUUCUGCAGAAACUAUUUCAACAUCUUAGACCUGCUGGUGGUCAGCGUUUCUCUCAUCUCGUUUGGGAUCCAGUCUAGUGCCAUCAAUGUGGUCAAGAUCCUGCGUGUUCUGCGAGUCCUUAGACCAUUGAGGGCCAUCAACAGAGCCAAAGGACUAAAGCAUGUGGUCCAGUGUGUGUUUGUCGCCAUCCGAACCAUCGGAAACAUUGUGAUUGUCACCACUUUGCUGCAGUUCAUGUUUGCCUGCAUUGGAGUUCAGUUGUUUAAGGGCAAGCUGUACAGCUGCACUGAUAGCUCCAAGCAGACGGAAGCAGAAUGCAGAGGAUACUACAUUACAUACAAGGAUGGUGAGGUCAAUCAGCCGAUGAUACAGCCCCGGAGCUGGGAGAACAGCAAGUUUGACUUUGACAACGUCUUGACUGCUAUGAUGGCCCUUUUCACUGUCUCAACCUUUGAGGGCUGGCCAGAGUUGCUGUAUAGGUCCAUUGAUUCCCACAUGGAGGAUGUGGGACCCAUCUAUAAUCACAGGGUUGAGAUCUCCAUCUUCUUUAUUAUCUACAUCAUCAUCAUUGCUUUCUUCAUGAUGAACAUCUUCGUUGGUUUCGUCAUCGUCACAUUUCAGGAACAAGGAGAACAAGAGUACAAGAACUGUGAGCUGGACAAAAACCAGCGCCAGUGUGUAGAAUAUGCCCUGAAAGCCCGGCCACUGCGGAGGUACAUCCCUAAAAACCAGUACCAGUACAAAGUUUGGUAUGUGGUCAACUCCACCUAUUUUGAAUACCUGAUGUUCGUUCUGAUCCUGCUGAACACCAUCUGCCUGGCCAUGCAACACUACGGUCAAAGCUGCAUGUUCAAGGAAGCCAUGAAUAUCCUCAACAUGCUCUUCACUGGCCUCUUCACUGUUGAGAUGGUCCUGAAAUUAAUCGCCUUCAAACCCAAGGGUUACUUUAGUGAUCCUUGGAAUGUUUUUGACUUCCUCAUCGUAAUUGGCAGCAUUAUAGACGUCAUUCUCAGUGAAACUAAUCACUAUUUCUGUGAUGCAUGGAAUACAUUUGACGCCUUGAUUGUUGUGGGUAGCAUUGUUGAUAUAGCAAUCACCGAGGUGAACCCAGCUGAACAUACCCAAUGCUCUUCCUCUAUGAACGCAGAGGAAAACUCUCGCAUCUCAAUCACCUUCUUCCGACUCUUCCGUGUGAUGCGUCUUGUGAAGCUCCUGAGCCGAGGGGAGGGCAUCCGGACACUGCUUUGGACCUUCAUCAAGUCCUUCCAGGCUCUCCCCUAUGUGGCUCUUUUAAUAGUGAUGUUGUUCUUCAUCUACGCCGUGAUCGGGAUGCAGGUGUUUGGUAAAAUUGCGCUGAACGAUACCACAGAAAUCAACCGCAACAACAACUUCCAGACCUUCCCCCAGGCAGUGCUGCUGCUUUUCAGGUGUGCCACAGGUGAGGCCUGGCAGGAAAUCAUGCUGGCAUGUCUCCCAGAUAAGAAGUGUGACCCAGAGUCAGAACCGGCCAACUCCACUGAAGCCGAUCACUCCUGUGGCAGCAGCUUCGCCGUCUUCUAUUUCAUCAGCUUCUACAUGCUCUGUGCCUUCCUGAUCAUCAAUCUUUUUGUAGCUGUUAUAAUGGAUAACUUUGAUUACCUGACACGGGACUGGUCCAUUUUAGGACCACACCACCUGGAUGAGUUUAAAAGGAUCUGGGCAGAGUAUGACCCUGAAGCCAAGGGUCGGAUCAAACACUUGGACGUGGUGACACUGCUACGACGGAUUCAGCCCCCCUUGGGCUUUGGGAAGCUCUGCCCUCACCGGGUGGCUUGCAAACGCCUUGUUUCCAUGAAUAUGCCACUGAACAGUGAUGGGACUGUCAUGUUCAAUGCCACUCUCUUUGCAUUGGUCAGAACAGCACUGAGGAUCAAGACAGAAGGUAACCUGGAGCAAGCCAACGAAGAGCUGAGAGCAAUAAUUAAGAAAAUCUGGAAACGCACCAGUAUGAAGCUGCUGGACCAGGUGGUGCCCCCAGCAGGUGACGACGAGGUGACCGUCGGCAAGUUCUACGCCACUUUCCUGAUUCAAGAGUAUUUCCGAAAGUUCAAGAAACGUAAAGAGCAGGGACUGGUGGGAAAGCCCUCCCAGCGCAACGCGCUCUCCUUGCAGGCUGGUCUGCGCACCCUUCACGAUAUUGGGCCAGAGAUCCGGCGAGCAAUUUCUGGAGACCUGACAGCUGAAGAAGAGCUAGAUAAGGCCAUGAAAGAAGCUGUUUCUGCUGCCUCUGAAGAUGACAUCUUCCGGAGAGCCGGAGGCUUGUUCGGAAACCAUGUCAGCUAUUACCAAAGUGAUGGCAGGAGUGCGUUCCCCCAGACGUUCACCACCCAGCGACCUUUGCACAUCAAUAAGUCUGGCAACAACCAGGGAGAUACUGAGUCUCCAUCUCAUGAGAAACUGGUGGACUCUACCUUCACUCCCAGCAGCUACUCAUCUUCGGGCUCCAAUGCCAACAUCAACAACGCCAACAACACUGCCCUGUGCCGCUUCCCCAGCCCACCCAACUACCCUAGCACUGUCAGCACAGUGGAAGGCCACGGGACCCCCUUGUCACCCACCAUACAUGUGCAGGAGGCUUCUUGGAAACUACCUUCCAAAAGGACGCAUUACUACGAAACACUGGGAUGCUCCAGUUCCAGAGACAGCCAGCUGGCAAUUGUUUGCCAAGAGGAAGUGUCUCAGGAUGAGACUUAUGAUGAAAAUUUGAAUGAAGACAUUGAGUACUGUAGUGAACCAAGUCUGCUCUCUACUGAAAUGCUUGCAUACCAAGAUGAUGAAAACAGACAACUUACUCCACCAGAAAACAACAAAGGAGAAGACACCCGGCACUCUCCAAAGAAGGGGUUUCUGUGCUCCUCAGCACUAGGUCGAAGAGCAUCUUUUCACUUAGAGUGUCUGAAAAGGCAGAAAAAUCAGGGUGUAGACGUCUCACAGAAGACAGUUCUGCCUUUGCAUCUGGUACAUCAUCAGGCGUUAGCAGUGGCCGGCCUGAGCCCCCUCCUCCAGCGAAGCCAUUCCCCCACCAUGUUCUCUCGGCUGUGCGCCACGCCGCCCGCUACCCCCUGCAGCCGUGGCUGGCCGCAACAGACCAUCCCGACUCUGCGCCUCGACGGGGCAGAGUCCAGCGAGAAGCUCAACAGCAGCUUCCCCUCAGUACACUGCGGCUCUCGGUACCCUGAUAACACCGGCUGCAGCAGCCCCAGGAGAGCCAGGCCGGUCUCCCUCACCGUCCCCAGCCAGGCCGGAGGAAGCAGCAGGCAGUUUCACGGCAGCGCCAGCAGCCUGGUCGAAGCGGUCUUGAUUUCAGAAGGACUGAUGCAGUUUGCGCAAGAUCCAAAGUUCAUUGAGGUCACAACCCAGGAGCUCGCAGAUGCCUGCGACAUGACGAUAGAAGAGAUGGAAAAUGCAGCAGACAACAUUCUCAAUGGUAACAGCAAGCAGAGCCCCAAUGGCAACCUCUUGCCUUUUGUUAACUGCAGGGACCCAGAGCAGGACAGUGCAGGAGAGGAAGAGGAAGAGGUGCAGAACCCGGAUUGUAGAAAAAGUCAGGAGGAGCUCAAGGACAGCAGGAUUUAUAUCAGCAGCCUGUAGUUGCCAGGGCUGGAAGCGAUGCUGGUUUUUUAUUUGUUUCAAUGUUCCUAAUGGGUUUGUUUCAGAAGUGCCUCACUGUUCUCGUGACCUGGAGUAACCGGAACAGCGUUCUUCAUUCAUUUCUGU